CAGCAUCGCCUUAUCCGUUGUCAUCUGAUCCCCGUAUGCCAAUGAAGGGGCCGGGGCGUUCAUUACGUGUUUCCAUAUGGACAUUGUCGCUUAUGUGUCUUCUUACACUGGGCUACACCCUGUCCCAUUUCGUUCCAACGUGGUUUACUAGACUUGCACUAUAUCCUGUGGAUCUGUUUUCAGCAUGGAGGUUAUCCAAAAUAUUCACGUUUUGGCUGGCGACAGAUGAGCAUGUCACACACUGGCUUACCAUUCUAACAAUAUUCAUGCUAGAUAAGCUGAUUCGCGAUAGCUGGAGCAAGUUGGAGGCAAUCACUUUCUUGGUCUUUGUCAAUACAUUGGCCGUCCUCAGUUCAGCAUUCACUCUAUUUUUAUUGGACAGGUCUCCAUCGCUUGUGUUGAGUGGAAAUGCUGCAGUUAUUGCUGCUAUCAUGGUAGUAUCAAUGCAAUUCGAUGGUGAGAGGUUCCUCUUGAGCUAUGGGAACAUAGGCUUGAAAUCCAGGCAUGGGUUCAUUGUGGGGUUCCUUCUAUACCUGCUCUUCGCUCUGUUUUCAUUUGUUCGCUGGACAUCCUGCUGUCUGUAUUUUUCCGGGUUCCUCUGGUCGUGGUUCUAUCUGCGCUUCUUGCAGUAUCAUCCACAGAGAAGGUAUGGGGACCAUCGUCCAAGCUUCGCACUGGCAAAAUUCUUUCCUGGAGCAUGUGAGCAUUGGGUUGCUUUCCCUAGUAACCUCAUCUACCACGUCUUGCUGCGUUCAAAGCUAUGUCCAGGAGUGGAGCGACAAAGUGAGAUUGUUUCCACCGCGUCUUUUGCUGCUGGAAUCCCGGGACUUACAUCUGAUUCUGACCGCCACCGACGAAUCGCUCUGAAAGCACUGAAUGAGCGUCUGUUCACCAAAUCAGCUACUUCCGAGGAAAUCACGGAGUGGCCUGAUCUGAACGAAACGGACGGGACUAACACAUCGAAUACGACUGGCGAGCACCGUGCAGAAGUACAAUCUGUGGUGGUGGAUUUGACAGCGGCGCCUUCCACUGAGGCAGGUCUCACAGAUACACCCCCGGUCAUCGAACAGACGGAGACACGUGGAUGAGGUUGAGGUGCGCUGUGUAUCGUACUGUUUGCACUGAGACCUUCGUGUUUAACUCGUGCCAUUCUUAUUUUUCACAACACAUGUGAUAUUCCUUUCUUUGAUUGUUUCGCUGAAGUUUCUUGUUCUUUUUUUACCCUACACUACCUCCGAAACCGAUUGUGCUGUUUUUAAAGCCUGCAAAUUCCAAGAAAGUUAGUAGGUCAUCCGGUGAUAUGGCUGCAGAUUGGGUACCGUUUUCUGAGGUGAUCCUGUUGGAAAUUUAUUGUUAUGUUGAGUGUCGUGUUGAUCUCCAAAUGCACCUACCUAAC